AUGCUGCGACGAUCCAAGUCGUUGCCGCUUUCCUCCACGAGCGCCGCCACCCCCACUACUGCUGCGGCUACCGAUACGCUGUCAAGCCGAGGCAGCAGUGUGGCGCGGGAGCUCGACAUCAAGGUGGUGUGCGUCGGCGCGGCCAACACUGGCAAGACAACGUUCCUCCGGUACUGGGAGACAGGCGAGUGCCCUCUGCAUCUCUCGACGACGAUUCAGAUGGAGUUUCACCGGCGCGAAAUGUCCAUUGCGGUGCCUCCGAGCGCCUACUUCGAACCCAACAGUUGCACUGAAACAACAGAAACGACUACUACAAUGGCCUCUCCGCCAUGUGAUGAGGGCACCGCGCCCAAAGGAGAUGAGGCGUGUACUGUUGGCGCUCUACCAGUGCCAUUCACGGAGAGUGUGGCGGUGGAGGGCAACAGCAGCAGCGGCGGUGGCGGUGGCGGUGGCAGCAGGAGCAGCACGGGUGAGUUUACGUUCCGUCGCCGUCGCUCACCGACGCCGGUUGGUCUCUCCUCCAACGCCCUGGCGGGGAGCAGCAGCUAUGCAGUGCUGCAGAACCCCUUUGGCGACGAGUACGCCAUCACUCCCCCGCGCCUCCCCGCCUUUUACCCGGCAGCAAUGGCCGGCAGAAGCGGCAGCACCCGUAGCAGCAGCAGGACGACAGGCGGCGGGGAGGAGGGGGAAAUAGAGUGGCCACUGACACACGUGCCAGCGAUUGUGAAGGUGUGGGACAUCCAAGGACAGGAGAGCACAAAGAAGAUGACACGCAUCUUCUACACGGGUGCCAUGGCAGUGAUCAUUUUUUGCGAGAUGAGUAGCAAUAUCGAAAGCCUCACGAGCGCUCUCUCGUGGAAGAGUGAUGUGGCGCAGAAGAUCUUCGUCCCACAGGGGGGGAAGCCGCGGCGCAGCAGCAGCAGCAGCGGUGCCUCCAAAUGCCAGCAGCAACAGCAAGAGAAAGGGGACGGGGAGGGGGAUGCAAAUCCACCGUGUUGGCUUGUUGUUAACAAGUAUGACCUCCUCGCGGGUCUCCCGUCACCACCAUCGUGGGCCUCUCACGCGGCGCUCGACGAGGUUUGCGCGCGCCACGGCUUCGCGGGUUGGUCGUACGCUGCGGGGCGGCGAGGCGUCAACGUGGAGGCGGUUGUGCGCGCCGUCAUUGCCGCCGCCGUGGAGCGUUUCCCGCAGCAG